CAGUGGUCGUCACGUGGUGAUCUUGAUUGCGGAAGACAAACCAGUGUUUUGUACUUUGUACACAACAUUCCACAUGUUUUGUUACUGUACUUUUGAACGGGAUUCUCUCUUUUUUAUUAGAAAAUGGCGAUGUCAGCGCUCGUCCACGUCCUCAUACCCUUCCUGCUUUGCAUUGCGCUUGCAAACACUCACAUUUUCGACAAAGUUUUGGUGGAUGUCACUUAUGAUCACUAUGCGGAGAAGAAAGUCGACAACCUUCCUGCUUUCUUGGCCAUGCCGUUUAACUGUCUGAUAAACUUGGGAUACAUAUUAUUAGGUAUUUACUGGAUCUUGCAACCGAUGUCAGACAAUAGAGACACCCGUGCGGCCGUCUACACCAAAGACAUUUUUGGGCUAAUGGCAGUCGCCUAUGGCCCGGUGCAGUGGGUCCGCUUGGCCACCUUGCGGCGCGCGCCCUCUGUUUUGGACCAGUGGUUCACUUUACCUAUUUUUGCGUGGGUACUGGUGUGGUGUCAUGUCAUUGAGAAAGGCUGGUCGUCCCGUUACGCCUUGAUGGUGGAAUCGUGCUCUGUCCUCAGCUAUGGACUGGCGCUCUUUCACGACCGAGGGUUUGAAGUAGCUCAGGGUUUUCACAUCGCCUUCGCCGUGUUCAAAGGCGUCCGAGCGCAGAUGAGCCUCGGAGACACCGCGUCCAUGCGCUACCUCUGCUUGGCCCUGCUGUCCUGCGCUGGUUUCGUGCUUCUCAAGCUUCUGGAUCAUUCUCUUGCAGAGUACUGGUUGUUUCAAAAUCUUACUGGACAUUUCUGGUCCAAAGUUUGCGACAUUCUGCAGUUUCAUUACAGCUUUUGUUUUCUCUCUCGCCUUAGUGAAAAUGCGCACAAACGCUCUUCAUAAACGCACAUACAUUUAUUUAGCUGAAUAAUAAGGCAUUGAACAUAACAUGUACGAACCCUAGUUUUGUCUUGUCUUCAACAGUAAUACGGUAUUAUGUAAUUGACAUGUAGCCUACACAUAUGUACAAAUUCGAUUAAUGUGAUCAAAGAUUUGUAAAAUCACAAACUAAUUUGAUGCUCUUUGUUCAGUUUUAUGUUCAAAACAGUGUCAGAAAAUAACUGUAAUUAAUGGAUUUUUAAGGAAAACUCAAAUAUGUGAAAUACUUAGAUUUCAUCUCUUAGAAUACAGUAUUAUCAAAUCAAUCUAUUGUGUGUGUGUGUGUGUGUGUGUGUGUGUACAAUUCAUAGAAACAAACGUGUGUGUGUGUAUACAAACUCACUAUUUGAGGCAUUUUGAUUGUGUGUGUGUGUGUGUGUGUGUGUGUGCUUGUUUAUGUGGUUUAUGAGGACACAGGUAUUACCACGGCAAGGUGAUUUAUGAGGACACAUUCGGUGUCCCCGUAAUUCAAAAGGCUUCAAAAUCAUUCAGAUUGAGUUUUUUUUUAAAUCUAAAAAUGCGCAAAGUUUUCUGUGAUGGGUUGGUUUAGGUGUAGGCCGUCAGAAAAUACGGUUUGUGCUGUAUAACCAUUACGACUAUGGAGAGUCCCCAAUAAACCAUAAAAACCAA